AUGAUCGAGCUGGGCCUCGCUGACGGCAGCCUGAUUGACGAGCUGAUAGAGCUGACGGCACAGAGCCUCGGUCAGCUGGAGAUCCAGGAGCACUUCAACAUCAUCAAGGAGAUCGGCCGAGGGAAAUACGGCAAAGUGCUCCUGGUCACACAUCGCUUCAGGGGGACUCCCAUGGCCUUGAAGGUGAUGCCCAAGGCCUCGACGAAGCUGCAGGGCUUUCUGCGCGAGUACUGCAUCUCCUUACACCUGUCCUGCCACCCCUGCAUCGUGGGCCUCUUUGGCAUCGCCUUCCAGUCAAACGAGCACUACUGCUUCGCCCAGGAGCUCGUCAUCGGGAGGGACCUGUUCGCUGUCAUCCAGCCCAAGGUGGGUAUCCCAGAAUCUUCUGUAAAACGCUGUGUCCUCCAGAUCGCUAGCGCUCUGGAGUUCAUCCACAGCCACGGCCUGGUCCAUCGCGACAUCAAGCCUGAAAACAUCCUCCUGUUGGACAAUCGCUGCUGCCAGGUCAAGCUGGCGGACUUCGGACUGGCUCAGAAGAGAGGCACUCUGAUACGCUUCAUCACGGGAACCCUGCCCUACAUGUCUCCGGAGCUCUGUACCGUGGCCCUGACGGAGGGCCAGAAAGAAGUGACCGCUCCUCCAAUCAGCGUGGAGCCCAGCCUGGACACCUGGGCCUUCGGGGUGGUUAUCUUCUGCAUCCUCACGGGUUACUUCCCCUGGGAGCGCUGCCUGGACUCAGACGACUUCUACCAGGAGUUUGCGGACUGGUGCCGAAUGGAGGAGAGACCCAACACUGAGGAGGACGUUCCUCCCUUGUGGAGAAGGUUCACUCCGGAGGCCAUGGAGAUGUUCGGAAAGCUCCUGGCCCUGGAUGUAGAGCAGAGGUGUACAGUGGGGGAAGUGAGAGCGUAUGUGGAGAAGGACUGGCUUAAGAAGGUAAAUGGAAUCGGGCAGCAGCCAUCAGCAGAAGAAGUCAGUGCCUCUGGGGAUAAUCCCGGGUCUGGUGAAGGGGAGGUAACGACUAAUGCUUAG